AAGUAUGGAUUUCCAGUAGGCAGGCGUCAGCCACCCCUAAGAUUCCCGCUAAGGCACCAGCCACGCUAAAGUUUACCUAAGCCUUUACAUAGAAUAGGUACCUACCUACUUGCCUCUUCCAACAACUUUGCGCUCAGUUACUACUAUCGAAAUCUCUGCAGGUUGAAUCUUACAUCUCCUAUCGAGGCUAGUUUCAGAGGUCCCCAAUACGGGACGGCGCUAAUUUUCAUCAUGCCACCUCCACCUCCUCCUCCGUCGCGGAGGAAUGACUCCAAAGCAUCCGCGGCCUCAAAAGAAGAGAACAUAUACAUUCCAUCAUUCAUCAGUAAACGUCCGUUCUAUGCCGGCGAAGAGGGCGACCAGACAGAUUAUCUCGAACAUCAGCGUCUCCAUAAAUCCAAAGAUGACCAGUCUAAAUGGUAUGACCGUGGCAAGAAACUGGGGCCUGCGGCCACCAAAUAUCGGAAGGGCGCAUGCGAAAACUGCGGCGCGAUGACACACAAGGCGAAAGACUGCCUCAGCCGGCCGCGCGCAAAAGGCGCGAAAUGGACUGGGAAAGACAUUCAAGCCGACGAGGUCAUACAAGAUGUACAGCUGGGCUGGGAUGCCAAGCGUGAUCGUUGGAAUGGCUACGACCCGAAGGAGUAUCGCCACGUCGUCAACCGCUUCGCACAAAUGGAAGAGCUGCGAAACAAGGUCGACGGAGACGACAAGGGGGGGAAGGAGGAAGGUGAAGACGAUAGAGACGACGGCGAGAAGUACGCCGAAGAGUCAGACAUGGGGCGACAUCAGAGCACGGCAACUAGGCAGCUACGUUUACGAGAAGAUACAGCGAAGUAUCUACUCAAUCUUGACCUCGAGUCAGCGAAGUACGAUCCAAAAACGAGAACUAUGGUCGACGCCGGAGCUACAGCAGAUAAAGCUGCGCAACUCUUUGCGGAAGAAGGGUUUCUGCGCGCAUCAGGUGACGCCGCGGAGUUCGAAAAGGCGCAGAGAUACGCCUGGGAGAAGCAAGAAAAGAGCGGCGACACGAGUCAGCAUUUGCAGGCUAACCCUACAGCUGGAGAGUUCCUGCGCAAGAAAGAACAGGAAGAAGCUGAAAAGAAGAAGGCCGCGCAACUGAAAGCACUACAAGAAAAAUAUGGUGGAAACGAGAACACGAUAUCGCCAGCGCUCCGCGAUGUUAUCGUGACCGAAUCAGAGCACUUUGUCGAAUAUGAUGAAGCGGGUCUCAUCAAGGGCGCCCCAACGACCGUUUCAAGAUCAAAAUAUGCCGAGGACGUAUUUACGAAUAACCAUACAUCGGUCUGGGGCAGCUGGUGGUCCAACUUUAAAUGGGGCUACGCAUGCUGCCAUUCGUUCAUGAAGAAUAGCUACUGUACGGGAGAGGAAGGCAAAAAGGCUUGGGAAAAUGCUGAGAGGCACCGAACAGGGACCGGCCUCAUAGAAGAUGUGCCCGCCCAGGACGAGCAAUCAAGAGCGCAUCAAGAGAAAACCGAGUCUGUUAAACCAGCGGCCAAGAAACGGACCAUGGAAGAAAUGAUGGGUGGUGUUACGGAAGCGGAACUCGAUGAAUACAGGAGGAAACGUACAGCAGCCGAUGAUCCUAUGGCCAAAUAUUUAGGUAAAGACCAGUUAGCAUCAUAGUAGCCACCAGAAGAUUGAACACAAAGAAGUAAAUGCGCAG